GCCACCUUUACCGCGCCCGCCACCACCUUUCUGACAUGCGCUGGCCAUGGAUAACUGCUUCUUCCCUGCAUCCGUACCGCUCUUCCUAUUCCCUUGCAUAUAGUUUCCUCUUAAUUUCCCGCGACAUAUCACCGUCAUUGCGCCCCGUUGUACCUUGAGAUCUUCAUCUUCGCCCGUUGCACAUCCCAGCACACCUCCGCCGCAUCUCCGCACUCGCAUUCGGCACUCUUAGUGCAACAUAGCUACAUAGAUGCGCCUGACCUAGUUUCGUCCCAUCUCUCACAGGACGGUGAUACGCCCCGCCUGCUUCACCACUACCACCACCGCCGAUCCCAUGAUCUCGUCGCAUCAUGGAGAACAGUAGGAACAGCGGCUCCUACGCAUCGCGAGCCGUUAACCCUGCUCUGGUCAAAGUCCCAGACGCCAAUCCGCAAAAGCGCAAUUCCUAUCGCCGCCCAGCCGAUGCGCAGCCCGCAGGCGCAUCCCCACCAGAGCCCGAAAUGUCGAAUACCGUACCCAGCAACACUGCGCGGCCUGUCGCAACUGUGCCCUUGAACGGCAACGUUACCAUUGGAAGCGGGCAUAGGCGGCGGAACAGCAGACAUAUACCGCCCCCAACGACAGGCGCCAUGAGCGAAUCUGUGCCGGCUGCGCCAGAAGUCCCUCGUGCACCACCCUCUUCAUACAGGGAUCCAUAUGCCAAAGGCGUUAGAGUGCCUGCGCGCUCCAGCUCCGGUCGAUCGAGAGACCCAGCUAUCCAAUUGAACCCGAGCAGACAGCAAGCAACUAUACAGACGGCUGCUAACAGGCUGUACGAACUGCGGUCACCUCCAUACGCCCCAGUCGAACCCUUGGCAGGAACCGUCGAACGACGCGGCUCUUCGCGCAGACCCUCUGUGCCCGAUCGAUCGCCUCUUCAGAAGCUGGAGGGAAAGCUAGAUGACAUCAGCAAAGAAGAAAGAAGAGCAAGGAUUCUUGAAGCGGAACUGGCUGCUCAAGAAAAGGCUGAGGCUGAGAUGCGGGAAAGACGAGCGCGAGAAGCCGCAAAAAAACAGCAUGAAGCCGCGCAGAAGUUACAAGAAGCAACACAGAAACAACGAGUUGUAUCUGUACCCAUACCGGAAAAGUCCAGCGUUCCAGCCUCGAAAAACAAUGGGAGGCGACAGGUCUCCAUGCCGAUACAGGACAAACCCAUGUCCCCGCCCAUGUCCCCGCCCAUGAGCGACUUGGAAUCAGACGACGGUUAUGCCUAUGACCUCAGCGAGCCAUGGCAUCCUGAAGAUGCGCAAGGUGGAGCAGUUCAAUCCGCUCAACCAAUAACCAUGCAGAAGGCGCAGGCCAUCCCCACAGGCUAUCAGCAAGUACCGCACACCGACGUUGCCGUUCCGCGAAGCAGCAGUCUGAAGGGCAAAGAACCGGCAGGUUCACGGGGAGCUGGUAGCUUUAGCGAUCGAAGUACGCUUCCUUCGCAGAAUGUACCCAGGAAGGCUGUGGCCAAUCCCUCCGGACUUGGUCUGUCAGGCGUCCGGGAUACUUCAACACCGUCUGAUGUAUCUCGUUCGGAUAAGAGAAGUCAGGGACGAAGAGAUAGCCGAGGAAUCAUGGCCGCACAGAUGGAAAUGCAGCAGGAUUCUAUCGACUACAAGGGAACACCACGAGAGAAUGACAAUCAGCAACUCCCGCGUAAGAUUCCUCCUGUUCCUCGGACCGUUCAGAUCCCACCUGUUCCUCAAACCAACCGCAAGAGUGUCAUGUUCUCCGAGUCCGAGUCGGAUCUAGAACAGCAUGAUCCUGAAGCAAAACAAAACCGCCGAUUCAGCCGUCACAAUGAGCCAGAGAGGACAUAUACCCCCGCUCCUAUGCUUGAGGAAUGGAGAAGUGCACCAAUCGGUCUUUUGACUGCGGAUGACCUGGAUUUAGAUGCUCCAGUCAAAGCCAACAGUGGCAAUAAAGCGUGGUGGGAAGAGAGCAAAGCUUCUCGACGAAGACGUUCCAGUGGAUACGCGGAGCCAACAUACGAUGGUUAUGCUGACGACACUCCCAUACCAACUGCCUUCAACCCACCACUGUACUUGAAGUGUGGACCGCUCUUACGCUACACCGGUCUCCGGAGAGAUCAUAGCGUACCAGGGAGGGAACGUGAAAUCUGGCGAGGCAGCAUCAUGAUCGUGACUGUCGAUGCCUCUUCUUCGUAUUCUAAACCACCGACAUUAAGAUUGUUCAAGCAGCCAAUGGACAUACUUCCUCCUCCACCAGAAGAGAUCAGUCAGGACCAGUUGGACCCAUCCUAUGUCGAUCCCAUCGAAGGCCAGAUUAAAGUGUCACGUACUGGGAAGACGCUGUACGUCAAGCCGGUAGAUGAACUCGCAGAGAAUGAGGACUUAUCGCGAGUCGAAGACGACACUGGCUUGUUUUCUCAAACCCGGAGCACAAGCAAUGGAUCGAGUGCUAAGUCUACUCGCAUUCACAAGAAGGACGGUGAGAAGCUGGGCAAAGUUCGCGAUUUUCCUGGUGUUCGCCUGUACGCUGAGCGAGGUGUGACCUUCUGGCGCUUCAAUAUCGAAGUCGAACUUGGCAGUAGCCAAACACGCAUCGCAUACAAGAUCAAUCAAGGCCCCGCCAUCGGCUUCUGGGUCCCAGCUAAAGGAGAAUCCAUGAACAUCAUGUUUCACAGCUGCAACGGAUUCUCGGCCACCGUUGAUUCAAAUGAAUUCUCCGGUCCAGAUCCGCUAUGGCGCGAUGUACUGAACACACAUCAGACCCGCCCGUUCCAUGUAAUGAUCGGCGGAGGUGACCAGAUCUACAACGAUGCUGCAAUGAGGGAGACGACCUUAUUCAGGCAGUGGACCGAAAACAGAAAUCCUAUGCACAAGCAUCACCAGCCAUUCUCCGAGGAGAUGCAAAACGAGCUCGAGCAGUUCUACCUCGACCGAUAUGCGAUGUGGUUCUCGCAGGGUUUAUUCGGUAUGGCUAAUUCACAGAUCCCGAUGGUGAAUAUUUGGGACGACCACGACAUUAUCGACGGCUUCGGAUCAUAUCCCCACCACUUCAUGCAAACGCCAGUGUUCACGGGUGUUGGUGCUAUCGCUUUCAAGUACUACAUGCUCUUCCAACAUCAAUCGGUACCCGCAGAAACUGACAAGACCGAACCGUCAUGGCUACUUGGAAAGAGCCCAGGCCCAUACAUCAAAGAGCGCUCUCGAAGCGUCUUCAUGCAGCUUGGCCGGCAGGUAGCAUUCCUCGGUCUCGACUGCCGUACAGAGCGACAACGGGACGAGAUCCUCACCGAGGAUUCCUACGACAUUAUCUUUGACCGUCUAGAAGACGAGAUUAUCAAGGGUGAGACCAAGCACUUGAUCGUGCUUCUUGGCGUACCUAUCGCCUACCCUCGCCUGAACUUCCUCGAGAACAUACUCACGAGCAGGCUUAUGGAUCCUCUCAAGGCCCUUGGUCGUGCGGGGAUGUUGGGCAACUUUGUCAACAAGUUCGAUGGAGGUGUAGAGAUCUUGGACGACCUAGACGACCAUUGGACAGCCAAGCACCACAAAGAAGAGCGCAACUGGUUCAUCAAAGAGCUACAACACAUUGCUUCGACCAAAUCUGUACGCGUUACCAUACUUGGUGGUGACGUCCAUCUAGCAGCCGUUGGUCAAUUCUACAGCAACAAGAAGUUGAAUGUUCCCAAGGACAAGGAUCACAGAUACAUGCCGAACGUGGUAUCUUCAGCCAUAGUCAACACACCGCCUCCAGACGUGAUGGCAGAUAUCAUCAACAAGCGCAACAAGAUACAUCACCUCGAUUCGGAAACAGAUGAAGACAUGAUACCCCUGUUCACUCAUGGCGUCGACGGCAAGAAGAGAAACAACACUCAUCUGCUGCCCCACCGAAAUUGGUGCAGCAUUCGAGAGUAUAAGCCAGGCUCUUCACCACCAGGGACACCAUCACCACCCUCGACUCCGAAGAAUGGACCGGGUAUGGGAAGAUCGAUGUCAGACUUUGCACCAGGACAGUUGGUGAGAAGACUGAGUGGCCAGCAGCGAAGACCUUCAGCAAGAGGUCGUGGUCCGCCUCUGUCUUAUCGCAAUAAUCCUGCAUAUGCUGCUGCCGAUGAGGAGCAAAUUGGCCACCAUCAACCACAGUCGUCAUUCUCGCCUGAUCGAUCCGAGCCAGAGAGGCCCGCUCGUUCACGACGCAACUCUUUGACAUCACUCUUCCGUCGCCGUGCAUCAGUCGAUGCCGCCCGUCCUGACACGUCCGAGAGUGCGACACCUCCCCUAAGUCGACACAGUUUGUCGCAGGAUAGACCAUCCAACUUUCACCGCCGUCCGAGCGUACUCACUAAGAAGAGUGCGCAACACCACGGUCAAUUCAUCAAUCUUGAGGGCGGUCUUGACAUCUGUCUCAAUGUCGAAGUAUCACAGCACGACCCAGCGGGUAUUACAACACCAUAUCGACUGCUAGUACCAGCCCUUACCUAUGUCGAACCUGAGGAUGGCGUUGUCGAGAAAGGAAGAACCAAGUCCCGUGGUUUCUUUGGCGCCUUCGGUGGCAAGCGCAAGGCCACGAUUGGCGACGACGGAAACUCCAUUUCGGGCAGCGAAAGCGGAAGCGAACUUGGGGAAAUCUCGAGCGAAGAUGAGGAAGAACGCCCAGAACAGAAGUACAAAGUCGGACCCCGGAUAAUCAUGCCGGGCUUUGGGUCUGGCAAAAGGCGUAACUCUGAGUCUGCUACCACCGCUGCCGUCGUCUCCACUGGCCCUGCUGUUCCUGCUGCCCGUGAGAACCUUCUUAGUUCAGGUUUUCAUGCUAACACAGCUGCAAACAUAGCUCCAACCCAGACGAAUGGAACACCUCGCAACCUCGCCCCAGAAAACUAUGGACGGCGAAGCAUGGAUGCAGCUGCAGGUACUUCAUCUAGAGCCUCUGCGUGGGAGAACAUUGCCGCAAAACGGCACGUCAGUCAACCGGCACCUCCCUCCGCUACCCAGACGACGACCCAAACGACAGUGGUGCCAUCCCGCUCCGCCUCCACACGCAAGCAGCCUACCUAUAACUCGUCUCACAAGUCACAAAUGCCUGCGCCUUCUCCAGAGGCAACGCCAAAGGUGCAGAGAAGAUCUAUGGGCGGUAUUUUGAAUCAACAUUCACACGACAAGAAAUGGGAGCAUGAUGCUCACGUCCUUGCUCAUACACCAUCACAAAAGAAAGCGAAGCGCGAAUCAUACCCGCCACAUCCAGCGAUCGUCGGCGCCGGUCCGAACUCGCCUUACUCACGAGAUGGAGGAGGCCUCCAAGCCAGACAAGACACAGCAGGUGGUGACUACUUCACCAGUGGUGGCCGGGACGGAAAGACUCAUCCUGCCAUAGCGCCCAGGCAUGUCGUAGAUCCGGAGUACACCGAGAAACCAGUCCAACGUGCCGACUAUGCUGCACAACCACAACGAAGUGGUUACGACCGUACCUCUUCCUACCCUGCCUAUCCACAACGCAACGGCAGUGCUGGUGUUGGGGCAAAGUACCUUGGCGGAGGCAGAUACGAUGACGAAGAAGACAGCUUCGAUAGCGCCGAUGAGGAUGAGGAAAGCCAAAGUGGGCAAGAGCAGGAGAUGAGUCAGGAAAGUUUCGUUGUACCGAAGCGCAAGAAGAAGUGGCAGAUUUGGAGGUAAAGGGCAUCAGGUUUGCUUUGGCUGGUUUUAAUGCAAUUGGCGUCUGGCUAGACGCGAAUUGGUAAUGAUAUUAUGAAUGGGUACAUGACUGGUUGGGCUGCGGCUCAGGGUACAUAAUGACGGCGUAGCGUAUACCAUGGUGUGUUUAGCAGGUUUGGCAUAGCGAGUUUGGUUGCUUCGAAAUAUUCUAAUAUAUCGUUCUGGU